UGGCGCUGGGCCGCGCCCCGGAAGUGAACCCGCGGGUGUCGGGCGGGAUGGCGGCCGGGGAGCAGGAGGGUGAUGAGGAUUACAUGUCGGAGACGUUUGUCAGCCCACAACAAGAUGUCAAGCCAGGGCUGCCAAUAGCCAGAAGAGUGAAAGAAGCUUAUCAAAAAAAAGAACAUCAGAUGGAACUCAACUUGAAAAACAGACAGAAAAGUAAAAAGGAAGAAGAGAAAGAGAGGCGGGAUGCAAUGCUGCAAAGCUCUUUAGGAAGUGAAAACAAGGGCUUUGCGAUGCUUCAAAAGAUGGGGUAUAAAGAAGGUCAUGGUCUUGGCAAGACUGGAAAAGGAAUUGUUGAACCUAUUCCAUUACAGAUCAAAACAGGACGUGCUGGGAUUGGACAUGAGGAGGCAGAGAAGCGGAGAGCUGAAGAAAGGAUGGAAUACAGCAGACGAAGGUUUCAAGUGAAAAAAGAAUUUGAGGAACAACGCUUUAGUCAAUAUAGACAGCAAAUUAAAAAAAAACAGGAACAGCUACAAUUAGAAGGAGAUCUGCGGAAAAGCCAACGGGCCUGUGAACAACUGGACACACAAAAGGGUAUCGAUGCUCCAGAGCUGGCGUGGUAUUGGCUGGCUGCAUCCACUGAAGAUGAUGAUGAAGAAGAGGAAAACGACCUGACGGAAAAAGAGGACGAAACAUUGAGUACUGAGGACAAGCUUCAAAUUCUAACCAAGUAUUUAAGAAGGAAACAUCUCUACUGUAUUUGGUGUGGAACGUCCUACCAAGAUAAUGAAGACCUAUCUGACAACUGCCCUGGAGAAUGUGCUGCAGACCACGACUAACUGACAAGACAGAGUGGCCACUGUAUUUAUGUCUAUGGAGAUGUUGCAAACCAGCUGUUGAAGGCUGCUUGAAGUAAAACUGCAGAAUAUUAAGAUAAAAUUGCAAAGGAAAGUUCUCAAAUCACAACAAUGUUAUUUGUGGGGCAGAAAUUAUUUUGUGCAAUAUGAAAACACAAAAUCUAAAACCUGCCUGACUUGAGGUGCAUUCUGAUUCUUUCUGUAAAAUAAUCUUACCAUCCUCCUACUUUUCUGUUUCUUUGAAUCUUUUGUGGUUUAACAAGUGUCUUUUUUCUUUUGAGUGGUGCACUCAGGGGAUCCAGCUUAGUAUGCAUGAUCUGUAGUCAAAAAAUACUUCAGCUAGAUCCCAGUACAGUUUGGACAGCAGAGAUGAAAUGGCACUGAAAUAAAGGUAAUCAAGAAUAUGUAGGAAAACUAGAAAGCAUAUUAAAUUAAAUACCAUUUUCAUACUGUCAGGCAAGUGUAAUUGUAAAGUAUAUAAAUUAGAGAAUGCUUUGUGAUAUUUUUAAAUCUGCAAUGCUGUUUCAAGUUCUUCAUUCUUAUUUUUUUUACUACAUUCAAGUUUUGCAUAUUUAACUGCUACAAAUAAAUAUAUAAUUUAAAAAGUGUCUUUGUUACGGACUAUGAGAUUGUUAAGCAACACCACAUUAAUGGAAUACAAUAAAAUCAGCCUUGCUGCCAGGUUUACAUUCUUA